UGAGCUGAGAAGCUGGUGAAUCUUACAUGGAAUGCCUAUAGCUGCUUAUCCUGAUCAGUAGUAGCCCAGAUGAAAUAAACAUGUCCUAAGAUGGAAAUUGAUACAAAGAAUGAGCCACUCUACAGAAAACAGUUCAUCCCAAAUUUGUUAGUGUCUUGGUGGUUUGAUGGGUCUCGCUUUCUGUGUCUCCAAACCAAAGCCAUCUUUCUACCAAAGCAAUAAAGGGACGGUGCACAAUCUGACUACAGAAUGCUAUUUCCAAAGAAGUGAGCUGCAAAGAAAGGACUCAUGAAUUUUGAUCACGGGGGCUUGGAGAGCAUCUCUGAUGUCUGCUCCAAUGAGGACCUUCCUGAGGUAGAGUUGGUGAGCAUGCUAGAAGAACAGUUGCCAGAUUACAAGUUACGAGUGGACUCUCUGUAUCUGUAUGAAAAUCAAGACUGGAUUCAGUCUCCAGCCCGCCAUGGCCAUCUUCCUAAAAUCACUUCUCCUGCUCAUGAUGAGGAGCCCUUCCAUUACAUGACUCUUCUUGAACUUCCUUCCUCCUCCUUGGCUGGAUCUCACAAAUUUGAACAAGUUGUUGGCACAGAUAAUAUGGAGCAGAAAACCUACGGUGAUGCUGACGUGAUUAAACAUGUGAUAGCUGAGAAAGAUCGGGAUUUGGAGCUGGCAGCUCGAAUUGGACAAGCUCUUCUUAAGAGAAACCAUCUGUUGACAGAACAGAACGAAGCACUAGAAGAACAACUAGGACAAACUCUAGAUCGAGUUAACCAGCUGCAGCAUGAACUGUCAAAGAAGGAUGACCUUCUUCGUGUUGUUUCGAUUGCUUCUGAGGAGAGUGAAACAGAUUCCAGCUGUUCCACUCCGCUUCGUUUCAAUGAGUCUUUCAAUGUAUCACAUGAUCUGUUGCAACUGGAUGUCUUGCAAGAUAAGCUCAGAGAGCUGGAAGAGGAGAACCUUGCUCUCCGAUCGAAGGCUUGCCACCUGAAGACAGAAACCAUUACAUAUGAAGAGAAGGAACAGCAGCUGGUCAAUGACUGUGUCAAGGAGCUCCGACAAACAAAUGCUCACAUUUCCAGAAUAACAGAGGAGUUGUCAGAGAAGAGUGAGGAGGUGGUUCGCUACCAGGAGGAGAUCUCAUCCCUCUUGUCUCAGAUUGUUGAUCUUCAACAUAAACUCAAAGAACACGUGAUUGAAAAGGAGGAGCUGAAGCUUCACUUACAGGCUUCCAAAGAUGCUCAGAGGCAACUGACAGCAGAGCUACAUGAGUUGCAGGAUCGGAAUGCAGAGUGUCUGGGGAUGUUGCACGAAUCGCAAGAAGAAGUGAAGUUGCUGCGCAGCAAAGCUAGUGCUGUUGCUUGUCUCUGCCACCCCCAGUCAUGUGGAGCAUUUCCUGUGGAUUCCCUUGCAGCAGAAAUUGAAGGGACAAUGCGGAGGGAGUUGAGUCAGGGUGAUGAAUCUGUUCUCUCCAAGCAAAAGAGUCAACAGAAACGAGUGUUUGACACUGUCAAGGUUGCUAACGUCACUCGUGGCCGCUGCUUUUCCUUUCCUGCCCCAUUGCCAAUCCCUGGAUCUAAUCGGUCAAGUGUUGUUAUGACAGCAAAGCCCUUCCAGUCUGGUGUGUGCCAUGUGGAGAGUCGUGCAUGGAGCAGCUCUGAGAAGAACUUGAAAGACACUCAUAGUCCUGGCCAGCUGGGAAGCCUUGGAGACGAUGAUUUAGUUGCAGCUCUGCACAGGCUUUCCCUCCGUCGUCAGAACUACCUCAGUGAGAAGCAGUUCUUUGAAGAGGAAUGGGAGCGAAAAAUGCAUUCACUGGCUGAGCAGAAAGAAGGGGCUAGCAGCUGCAGUACACCGACGGAAAGCUGUUUCUCCCUGGGUACACACUCAGAAUUCACUGAUCUCUCUGCCAGCUCUAGCAAUCUACGUGUCCUCCUACCGGAAAAAUUGCAAAUUGUUAAACCCAUUGAAGGAUCUCAGACCCUUUUUCAUUGGCAGCAGCUUGCUCAGCCAAACCUAGGCACUAUUCUUGACCCAAGACCAGGUGUUGUUACAAAGGGUUUUACUCCUCUAUCUGAUGAUGCUGUGCACCACAUCUCUGACUUGGAAGAGGAUGAUGAAGAAGAAGGUGAAGGAGGUAUUACAUUUCAAGUGCAAAUGUCCUUCCCAGAGGAAAAGAAAUGUACAGUGGCACAGCCAGUGGCAGGGAUUUUCCUACCAGCUGUCACUUCAGCAGCAGUACCACUCACUGCCUCAAAUCCAGGGAAGUGCCUGUCUUCCACAAAUUCCACAUUUACUUUCACUACCUGUAGAAUCCUUCACCCAUCUGAUGUCACUCAAGUAACUUCCAGCUCCAUGGGUGCCCCAUCUUCAUUUGGAAACAGUGGUAGCAGUAUUGGAAACACAGCGGUGAGCACUUCAGCUCUGUCUUACCGACUCAGUACUGGAGAAUUUCUCACCAACAGAAGAGAUUCAACUACUACCUUCAGCAGCACAAGCAGUCUGGCCAAACUGCUGCAAGAACGAGGCAUCUCUGCCAAGGUUUACGAUAGCCCCAUGUUAGAAAAACUGCCUUUGCUGCAGCACCCUCGAACUCUCCCUAUUCCUUCUACUCCACCGAAUUCUCCUUUGCCUUCACCUUGUCCUUCCCCUCCACCAUUUGAGCCUCGAGUGCAUCACUCAGAAAAUUUCCUGGCUUCUCGUCCAGCAGAAACAUUCUUGCAAGAAAUGUAUGGCCUAAAGCCGUCCCGUAACACUCCAGAUGUAGGCCAAAUGAAGAUGAACCUAGUGGACAGACUGAAGAGGCUGGGUAUUGCCAGGGUGAUCAAGCCCCCCGAGACACAGGACCACAGCAAGAAUCAGGGGCCAGAAAUUAGCUUGCAGAGGAAGGACUCAGCUGUGUUUCUAAAUGCAGGUAGCAACUUGAUGGCAGGCGAGAAGAAACCACAGUCUUCCAGUCAUGAUUGGAGCAUUAGGAGCUCCAGUUUGCAUACAGUCAUCAAAAAUAGAUACCUUGAAGGAGGACUGACUGCUCUGAAAAACAAUUGGCGUCUAGCAUAAAACAUACAUGAGGGAUAAACAUCCAGUAGAGGCAUCAUUAGAUGUGUCACAGGAGAGUUGCAGAAGGCAGGAGCAUGUUAAAGAUGUGGGAGAGAGAAGUGUCGGGAUGAAGGAAGAAAAGACCAUUGCUUGGGUCUAAUGAAGAAGGCUUUUGUGGCAGACAAGAAGAAACCAAAGCUUAGUUUUGACAGCCCCUUUAGCAUCUGUCUGAACUGAAGCAAAAAUAAAAGGCCAUUGUAGACAUUCUCAGCAUUUCAACCUUUUAACC